AUGCACUGUCUCCUACUGUCUUGUCCAAACCUGAAAUCAUUCUCUGUUGGAAAAUUGUUCCAGGACCCGCCAAUCCCUGAGCCAGCCUCCUGUGAUGUGGAAUGGGCGUCCGGCGACAUGCUUCCUCCCAUUCAGUCUCUUUCGAUAAAUGGAGGCCAAAUUGGGGGCCCUAACUGGGCUAGAUGGGAGGACACUAUUUGCUGGCCAAGUCUCUCAUCUGUUAGCAUAGGCCCCUUAAGUAUGCAUGCGUGUGCAGCGCUGAAUAGGCUAAAUGGCCAGGCUCGCUUCUUACAAAGCUUCACAUAUCUAUGCGCGUGUUCUCAUUCCCAGGCUCGUCUCUCACAAUUCCUCGCAUCAUUCAAUACCCUAAAGUCCUUGGAGGUGACAAAGACCUUUUGUUUCGUCAAGGACGUGGCUCUUCAUACACAGCUGACAAAUCUCUCUUUGCACGUUAAUGAGUGGAGUCGUUUUCGACAAGACAAGGCGACAUUAAGCUGUGAGGAUCUGGAGUAUUUGGAUGCGCAGUGUCCUAAUCUGCAAAAACUGGCGCUUGAUAUCAAUCCUGACAACGAGGAGUGGGUACGACAGAACAAUCCAGCCAUCUAUGAGCGAAAUGGAUUCUUUACUAACUAA